CAGGGGCAGCUUGGGAUUUCACGAGGAAAAUGGGGCUCUCUGGCCUGGUUGUUUUGGAAUGUGUUACAGAUUUCACAUUUCGAGAUGAAGUCGAUAAGAUCUUUGUUUAUGCCAGGCCAGUAAACUGCUUCUCUGGCUCUUCUGAGGCAGCUCUGUAUUCCUCUGUGUGUUACAUGCAGUUUAUCCCGGAUCUUUUUGCGCAGUGUUACUGGAACAACUGCUCUCUGACCCUUGAAUAUUACGUCAUCCUGUGUUGCUAGCUCGUUUCUUAUUGAGAAGUAUGGAUGAAUACAUCGAGGAAGGGUCUCUUUUCUUUCUGGCCACCCAUUCAAAAUUAUUUCUUUCAGUGAUUGUAAAGUGCUGUCACAUUUGGUUUCUCGCUGUAUUUCCUUCAACUGUUGCUCAGAGAUGGUAAGAUUCUCAUCGUAUGAUUGCAAUCUUAGUAGCAGAGGCGAGUGGUUUGCUGACGAUUGAGACAAGUGAUUUGUGACCCGUCAAAAGUGUAAUCUCUCUGCCAUAGACAUAGGUAUGGUGAUGUUCCACUCCAAAUACUUGUGCAAGCAGCUCCUUCUCUAUUUGGCUGUAAUUUUGCUCUGCAAGGGUGAUGGCUCUGCUUGUAGAUGACACGGGACGUCCCUCUUGCAUGAGCACGAAACCAAGCCCCUUUGAUGAUGCAUCAGCCUGGCCUUCUGUUGCUGCCUUUUGGUCAAAAUACUUUAGAACUGGUGCCUCGCAAAUGGCCUUUUGUAUGUCAGCAAAAGACUUGUCGUGAUCUUCUCCCCAUACCCAUGGUGCAUCUUUGUGGGUCAAAGUUCUCAGAGGUUCGCAUACUUCAGAUAGUCUGGGAAGAAACUUGGCCAGGUAUUUACCAUGCCAAUGAACCUUUGUACACCAGCGACAUCUCUCGGCUUUCUCAUCUUUGUGAUGGCUUCAACUUUUGCGGAGUCUAUCUUAAGACCAUUCUGUGUUGGUGUAUGAGGGAAACUUCAUCGCACUUGAACUUGAAUUUGUCUUUGUUCAACUUGAUUUUUUUUGUUGACAGUGUUUCAAAAGUACCAGCAUGUUCAUGUCAUGAUUUUUGACAGCUUCUUCGUAUAUUUCUCCUCUUCCGGUAACAAGAGCAUCGUCAGCGACUGCAUACACCCCAGAUAGGCCUUCAAUGCACUGAUCAAAUUUGUGUUGAAAAUGUUCUGAAUCUGGUUUAAUUCCAAAUGGCAUCCUGAGGUGUCUGAAACGCUGUGAGCAUGCUUGAUUCUUCGUCGAGCUCUAUUUGAAGGUACCCUUCCUUCAGGUCGAUUUUGCUGAAUACCUUGACACCUUCUAACUCUGGUACCACAUCCUCAAUCAGCGAUAACGGAUGAUGACUUCUUUUCAAUGCUUUGUUGAGGUGUUGUGGAUCGAUGCAUACCCUAAAUUUCCCAGUGGUUUUUCUGCAAUGACGAGAUUUGAUACCCAAUCUGUUGGACUUGUAACUUUCUGAAUGACAUGAAGAUUUUCCAGCCUUUCCAAUUCAGCCUUGAGUUUUGCUUUAAGAGCGAUUGGUACUCUGCAAGGCGGCAUGGCAACAGGGAUUUGUGACUCAUCAACAUCUAAGUGUAACUUGCCUGGCAUGUGACCCAAACCUUCAAAGACAUCUCCAAAACGGUUCUCUAUAUCUGCAAUACUGAGUAGAGCCUCUGUGGUAGUCGAUAAAACCGUUGGUUGUGCCUGUUGAUGUGUGCUGUUUGAAGCAAUACUGUUAGAGCGAACAUUAUCUACAUUUGCGUUAAUAAUAUUAGCAUAAUUAACAGUCAGUAGUCCCAUCUUUUGUGCUGCAUUAGCUCCUAAUAAUGGUACAUAGUCACCUUUUACAACAACAAAUCUGACAGUGUACUCAGUCUGGUUCUUUGGGUUUACUACCUUAAGUUUACAAAUACAAUUCAAUAAAGCUUGGCUGUACAGGUGCAAAGAGUGAUCCGAUUUUUCAACUUUUGUGCCUGGAGGAACAAAGUGUUCUGGAAGAACAUUACAGGUAGCACCUGAGUCAAAUUGAAAACUAAUAUGUCUGCCUUUUAUAAUCAUGGAGGCAAAAAAUUUUUUUCUUAGGAGGGGACUGGGACACAGCAUUGAUUGCCAAAUUAUUUUUGGGUGAAAUUUCAACAAUGAGAAUUUCAUCAUCACUUGUUUUCUUCCUUUACUGCAUGUAUUUUGGCUUAAGAAAAUGUAUCUCUCAUACCUGGUGAUUUCUUCAAGCUGCACUUCUCAACAAAAUGGUUUCUCUUACUACAACCAGAACAAUAUCUGCCGAAGGCUGGGCAACUCUCUUUGUUUCUUUUAUGGCUACGCCCACAAAAUUUGCAGUUGGAAAUAAAACCUCUUGUGUCUCCAGUGUUCUCCUUAGGCUGCUUUGCUUUCCAACAUAAUGGGCCAUGAGGUCAUGAUUAUCAGCUUGGUCAGCCAUUAUUUUUGCUUGAGCAGUAGUUGUUUCUGUGGCCCUGCAUAAGUCAAUGCGUUUAGAUAAUGAGAGUUUUGGUUCUUGCAGUGAAUUUGGUUCAGAAGAGGAAAGUGAGUGUAUAGGUUGUGGAGACCCAAAAAAUACCGUUGUUUUAGCCUGACAACUAGCCCAUUAUUUGGCUACCAUUGUUUGAAAUGCCGUGCUUUCGUUUGCAAAAAAAUCUAGAAUGCUCAGUUUUUGUGUAUGAAAGCUGCCCUGGCUGGAAACAAGCUGAAAGCAUGGCUCUGUGUAAAACAAUUGAUGGCGAAGAAGUGUAUUCCAUUGAUGACGAUGAUGAGGAUGAUGUGGAAUUAGAAGGAGUUAAUGGUAUUACAGAAUCGAUAGAAAAAGAGAGCAGUUUGAGAUAAAAUGUGGAUCUCGUGGUUUUCACCAAUACAGAAAAUUUUGAAAGUCGUACAUGAAAGAGGCAAUCUUUACGAUCCUUAUGCAAUGGCUUUGCGCAUUAUGACAAGAAGGACGCUGGACGGACAUCGCGUCAUCGGGCAUUUGCCAAGGGAGAUCAGCCGCUUUUCGAAGUUUUAUUACGACUAUGGAGGGAAAAUGGAGGCCUUUGUAUCAAGCAUAGCCUUUAGAAGGUCUCCAAUACCACAGGGUGGUCUGGAAAUACCGAUUGUCUUGAAGGUUUUUAAAUCUAACGCACCAGACAGAAUUUUCGACAUUAUGAAGGAGAAAGUAAACUCGUACUAUACUGAACCGGAUCAAAUUCAAUUCAACAACCAAGAUUUUAGUGAUAUUAACAUUUAAAGUAAUAGUACAAUGCGAAUUUCGCAAAAAAUAGUACAACGCGAAUUUAAAUACACCUGAGGUAGCCCCCUGCUAGCCCAAUGGAUGCGCGGUGCCUAGUUAAUGCUCUGGACACGAAUAUCCUUUCACAACAAUACGACAUUAAGGGUUUUCGCCGAUAUUCGUUUUUCAACAGUGUAACAAAUUUAUACAAACUUUCAAAAGCGUAUCAAAUUUCUGUUAUUCUUUUCUUCGUAAGCAUAUGCUUAUGAGACAUGCCUUUAAACAACUAAAAAAUCACUUUGUUUGUGCCUUAAACUUACAAAAGUUAGCCAUUACAAAGUGUAUGCCUAAUGUAGAUGUAUUUUUACCAGAGGUUUAUUUUUUUAAACUUUUAAUGUGUGAAAAGAUAUUAUUUUACUAGCAAAUCGCACUUGUCCUUCAUUUAUUGCAGUUAGGUCUUCACAUUUUCUUAAAAAUAUUACAGUCACUCUGGUGGGUGGCAAGCGUAACUCACAACAAAGUUAGUAUAGUAUACUGCAUUUCAUUUCUUACUGCGUGAAUAGUGAUGUUAUGUUGGACAUUAUAAAGUUUGAAAAUGAUUACGUCACAAAAAUCUAUUUUUAGAAUUUUUAGAUUUUGACCACAUAACCUGAAAGAGCAUUCCAAAAUGAUUGCGCAAAAUCAGUAAAAUGCGAUACCAAUUGGCUGCGAUACAGCAACAUUAGCACGGUAAAAUAAUGGCUCUCCGUUUGCAAACUUUAAUCUUUCACUGGGCAUGUCUAACCCAAUAGCAGUAAUAGUGAUAUUUCGUGGUAUUCUUUAAGGUUACGUUGCCAGAAUGAAUCUAUAAGUAUAUUUUGAUGACGUCACACUUUGGUACUCCCGUUCGUGGCAUUCGUGGCAUCGUCUUCUGUUUUUAUGUAUUUUAUGAAGCAUGCGUUCGCUGCUCUUAAUAAUUUGAAAUACCACUUCGUCGUGAAACGUUGUGAGCAUCACAAUAAACCCCCUAUUCAAAAUUUGAGCUGUAAACCUUUUCUGUGUGUCAAUGUGUCUCUGAGAAUUCUUAACCUUUUAGUUUUUUAUUAAUGACAGAUCACGUUCCUGAAGUGUUCUGUUGCAAAAGUCAAUUCUAUUCACGGAUAAAUGUCUUUUUUAGCAGCUCCAGUCAAACAUUUUUCAUAAAUCAAAUUCUGUAAGCUUCCGUUUUCGAAGAGUACCGUUUUAUAUAUCGUAACUGAACAUUAAUGUUUUGCAUAUCUUGAUUUUAAGAAUUCGAAUUUCUUGACUGAACGUAACAUGGAAAGCGUCUUCCGAGAGUCCAUGACACCGAAUAACUAGGCUCAAGAUGACCGAAAGUUAAAGAUAUUCCAACUGGCUGAGGCUAGUGUCCGAUCGCUAGAUACAACCAAUUUAAUAUUCUACAUUUAUGCAUGUUACAUAAUUUACUUUAAACUUGAAACAGAUAAAAUGUAGUAUAUAAAGGCUGAAAAUAAGUUAUAGAUUAGGAACGAUUAAAGAAAACUUCGAAGCUGAAAUUUUGAGAGUCAGAAGUCGCAAAACCGCAAUCGGCAUUGAACUAAUGCGCAUCCGCACAUAAACGACCAAGUACCCGGUUAUAAGAAAAAGGAAUUAUUGCUAGAAGCAACUGGAUGACAUGUUUUUAUGCCUUUAUCCAGUUUCUCAGAACAAGAACAAGCUGCAGCGUUGAUCCAAACCUUGCUGGGUAUCUAUUGACUGUCUCUUUUCUUUGAAACGCAUCCACAUCCUUAAAGCUGCAUGUGUACGGUUGUGUACGGUUAAAGGCAUUGAGUCAUGAUAAAAUGGAUUGGGUAUACCCUAAGUGCCAAAAUCCGCUGAGUCGUGAUUUUCAUGACUGCCAUGCUAUUGGUUGACCUGGAACUGAUCACAUGAACUCACCUCGUACUGAUUGACAAAGCAAUUUUCAUCAAUAGCAAGUUGUCAACAACGGAUGCAAAUAUCACAUGAAACAGCAGCGAUCACGCCGAAACCAAAUGACCAUGACUCAAUGCCUUUAAAGACGUAAGACGCGUGCUAAAGCUGCAAUCCGCUAAAAAACAUUUCCUAGGCCGUACGAAGAAAUAGGGACCUCGAGGCCGUGAAGCCGUUAUUUAAUUUAAAGUUUCCCUAUUAAAAUAUUGUAUACUGUUUCGAUUCUUCUAAGAUGUUGGUAUUCGUAGCUACAGCCUCGACGAUUGAGAAUAGGCUUUUGAUAAUUUGUUUCUUUUAGAAGGUUCUUGAGAAGUAGAAACUUUGUCGACAUGUCAUUGUUGAAAUUAUUGUGGAUUGUCUUCUCCACGGUGCUAUCAUUUUUGUGUCAUUCUUAUAGGCAGCUGGUGAAAACUGGUAUGUCACAAUUUUCUUAAGUAUAGUUAGGCCAUUUUGUUAGAUACCCCUUAGCCCAUUCAUUGUUAGGAUUUUCUCUAUUUUCUUUUUUGCAUAUCAUUAGCUGUGGCAUACCUCUCGUUCAUACGACAUAUGUCUCGCGUCAUAGCAUUGUCUCAUGUUAGCGACGCCCCCUUCCAUUGUUUAUGUUGUAGGUGCGGGAUUUUCCCAGCAUUGCUUAGGCCUAGUCAUAGGUUACUCAUUCUCAUCCCUAUGUUGUUGUUCUACCAUUUGCGUAGUUUUCUAUCAUUUUUGCAUACAUUUGAUUUAGAUAUGUUACUUUCUUUUACUUGUUAUCGGUAAGUUACCAUAAUCAUCGUGUAUUGCUAAUUUUAGAUUCCAUUCGUACAUAUAUACAAGUUGUAGUUUAAGUAGAGUCAGUUGGAUAGAGACAGGAGAAGCUAUUUGAACGAAACUCUGUCACUCGUCAUAAGGCUUUAGGUUAGGUUAGGGCCUAGUAUUCUUCGUAUGUUUUAUUUGUAUUUAGGUGUCUGAGUUAUAAACACAGUUUUCUCUGGUGUUUUACUCUCUGGGUUUGUGACAGGUAUUUCUUUGAUUAGCCACCGUCAGUUUUUACAGACCCGUUCACAGGCCCGUCGAGAACAACACAAAGAAAGAUGAAGCCGUUGAUGACAUUAUUAAACUGUAGUUGUUAAUGUUGUUGUUGUUGUUGUUGCUGUUGUUGAUGUUCUUGUUAUUUACCAUAUGUUAUUUACCUGGUUAUAAUUUUUGGCCCUUUCAGCUCGGGGUCUGGGCACUUUGCCCCCCCCCUGCCCCCUCUCAGCGGGUCUGAAUGUUCAUAUUUGCGGGAAAUUCGCCACGCUAUUGCUAUCAAAAAAUAAGUCGUUAUGCAUCACAAAACACUGUUCGUGUAUCUUUGUCUUCAGGACAAGCCAUGGAAAUAAAUCCUUUCCUUCAAUGAAGAUCUUGCUAGCCAAUUGGUUUUACAAAAAGCAACAUGGUUGUGGCUUUUAAAACAAAAGGAUAUCAAUCAAAUCUUAUCGAAACUUUAAGUGUUUUUUUUUAAGCAAGCAGUCGUGUAGAAUGUGUUUGUGUAGUCCUUUACAGAUCAAUGUUUCGGUUGUUGAUGGUUCUCUGUUUAUACGAAAUUCAGUGGCGAAUGAAACAAUUGAAAAUUAUUAACCAAUGAAUUGCAGCUUUCUUUAAUCCCGGAGGGCAUAAUUGAAAUCUGUGGUUCUCGUAUCGCUAGUUGAAAAAAGGUUUAGCGCACCAUAUGUGAUUUUGAGUUUUCUUGGGAAUGAUGCCACACGUUUAAUUGUGUCAUAAUAUAUAUUUAGCAUAAAGGAUGCAGGCACGCACACAAAUGCAAGAUCGCUCCUUCUAUUUGAGUACUUCGAUUCGUCAUCAUGAUUGCCCACGUGUUAUUGUAUUUAGUAUAUGCAUGGCUGGUUGUGACGUCAAGAAAGUCAAACCUCUCUUCUCGAAACUAGAUCUGUCCUACUAUGUACACACUGCGUAUCUUUACUAUUGCCUAUUCAAUGGAAUCUGAAAAUUAGGUAUUUAAUCUGAAUAGCUAAACAAACGGAAAAUCAUAAUAGGAAUUAUGCGUUGUUUCAAAGUUGGAUUACCAUAACGAAUUGGCUUGUGCAAGAAGCUGUUGUCGUAAGCCGGGUUCUAAGUAAAUUAACAUGAAUGAUUGACAUUUGAUAAAGAAGCUAAUGUUUACAAGCAGCCAGCAGAUUGUUUGCAAUCGCUUUUACGUUGGUUCAAGAAACAUUGACGUUAUUUCAAAGACAACUAGUCUACUAGACACCGCUACAACGACUAACGAUGUUUUCAGCUGGACUUUCUGGGUGUGAUUUUGAUUCAUUUAUGUGAUAUAGGUUUUCAUACCAAUAAGGAACAGAAGCCGCAAAUUUAUUGAGUUAUCCUAGUUGAAGGACAGGUGCGUGCAAAGGAAAUCUCAAUUGACCAUUAAUCCUUUGCUUGCAGGCCUGUGUGGAUCUUCGCUCUUGCUCCCAACGACCGAACUGGUAUUUUUUCAGUUAAUCGAGGUAAAGAAACAGAACCUAUCGCUUAUCCAAUUUGAUAUCUCGAUGAACCUUAUAGAUGGAAAAACAUACAAUGAAGUUUGAUUGAGUUGGUGAGUAGAGGUUUCCAGAUUAUCACUGUGGAAUUGGAAUGAAGAAUAUAUGAAAUAGUGCGUUGUGAUAAAUUGUGGACGCGAGAAGGAAUUGCAACAUUUCAAUUCAAGUUGAUGUCGAUCAGAAGUCAAGAAAUAUUUCGAUAACAAAUAAGUUCGUCCAUUCGUCAGAUUGAGCCAGUAAGCUAUCUACUCUGCUAUGCUGUCGACAAUUACUGUAAACACUGUUAUUACAAAACUCAAGGUUUGUUCGUGGUAAAUUAAAUCAUACACCUGCUAAUUUAUUUAACGGUAUAAACACAGACGCAUUGGCAGCUAAAGUCUUUGGAGAAUUAUUCUGAAUAAUCGGUCAUAUUGCUUAUGGAUUCGCUCUGAUUACAUAUUUGUCUGGUCUAACCCGUAUCUGGAGCAUAGUUGCUAGAACUUAGCAAUAUCAUGUUUCUAUUUUUGACCUAUUGUUGAUCGCCAUGUCAGCCACAAAUGCAAAAACGAACGUCAAUUACUCGACCCAAAACGGUCACAAUACUACAGAGGAAAACGAGGAAGAAAGCCAAAGGGAAAAACUAACGAAAAUGUGGGUCGAAAGCCAGAUCCGUGGCAAGCAGCUGAUGACUUCAGGAACCUUGCCCAAAAGAGAGGCGUUUGAAAAUCGCCGUCUGAGAAAUUUCCAUAAUCCUUCUGCAAAAGCCGAUGGCAACGGAAAUCAGGGAGAGGAUCGGUAUAACCUGCAAGAAGAACAGCGUAGCCAAAGUCAUAAAGAGCAAUGUUAUGAAAUCGAUAUACAAAAAGGAGAAUUGGAUACAGAUCUUGAUAAUGAUAUAUUUACAGAUCUAUCUGGAAUGACACUUCAUCAGAAAAUUGAAGCCCUUCAAUUAUCCAGAGAUGGACUGCAUCUUCCGUUAAUAUCAAAAUCACCCUUCACGUCACCUGUCGGUUCGCCGGCGCUUUUCCCACGAAACAGCUUUAUGAACGGUGCCGACACUUCGCCGGCCUCUUCUUCAGGAAAUUCACCCCAGAUCUCGCCAAGAAUGAAACUAAAUAGCUCGUUGCCAAGAAAUUUCAGAGAUCAAUUUUCAAGAGAGACACGAUCACUACCUGGCAGCCCCGUAUUUCGUAGGGGUAAAGCAAUGCAGCCAGCUGAUCCGUUGGAUAAAACAACUGCACAAAAUAACGAUUCGUUUAGGGGAGACCAACAGGAUCCGGAGCUCAUUUUAAGUUCAAGCCACAGAGAUGUUUCUCCUCAAGGAAGAACGGGGCUGGCAUCGCGAGAAAGCCUUACGGCGAACAAGCUUUCUUUCAGCAAUGCAAGAACAAAUCUAAGACGACCAGGGACACCAGUAGCCAGAGAUCUUCGACCUAGCUUGGGUUUAGGGCAAUUUUCUAGGUCCUUGUCGGACUUGAAUUCCAUCAGGGAGGCAGACUCAGAAACGAAAGUAAAACGUAGCAGGCCUCUGCUGCUGCCUAGCAUUGGAAAUUAAUUACAUUUUCAACAUUUACUGGAAGAUAACUACUUGGAUAUGUCAAGAUUAUCAAGACAAAAGAAAAUUGAGUUUAACGACAGUAGAAUCCAGGCAUAACUUAUCUUGCUUCAAGGAAGUAUAGGACAAAUUUUCUGAGAUUUCAUUUUAGAAACUAACAUCGUUUUUAGAGCAUUCAAUAAUUUAUUUUCAUCUCUUAUCAAACCCAAGGUACCCAACAGGGUUUUGAUUACCCUAUUUUGCAACAAAUGGCAUUGCUGGAUACUUUUUUGGGGGGAUCCGGCGUUGUAGGAUACCUAAAGUUUGUUUUUUUAACGAAUAUAUUUUUAUCACCUUAGUGUUCGCUGGGAUAUCGUUAAUAAUUUAGAUCAAGUUUUUCACCCAAAUUUUCGAGCAAAUUAUCUUUGAAAUCAAAAGUUUUGUUCUCUAAUGGAGUAUGCAGCAAAUUUCGUUUGCUACCAAAUCAAAUAUCAUAUUUGCAAAUAAUGAGCGUAGCAUGACCCCAGAAGCCAUCACAUUCUUACUGCUUUUUAUUUGCGGUCAAUAUUGAGUUCAUCAGUAGCUUUGUAUUAUAAUGGCUGUUUGACCUUUUAGUACAGGUUAUAGCAGUGACAGAACAAAACUCCAAGGUGACGUCGGGUGGAUAAUCAGACCACGCCCAUUUGAUAGUAAGAAGACCCUUUGAAAACAAGCAGCCCUAAUAUAGCUUUAUUUUGCUUACGCGGUAGUUUCAAAAUCCUAGGGAAAAAUUACGAUUCUUCUCGCAAAUAUUACCAUUCCCCUGAUACUUUCUUGUAGGAUUUAAGCGAAUCCUAAAAUCGUCCGGCCCAGGAUUUAGAGACACUCUCUUCUCUUGGCUAUGCCCCUGUUGUGACAAUACCAUGGUAUCGUCGUGACUCAAUUCUGUCAAUGUUUAAUGUUUGACCUUUUUGUCAACUUACAAAGUCAAUUAAAAAUCUUAACUUCAAUUUUUAACUGAAUUAUUUAUUGCUAAAUACAGUACUGUUAUCAAACUGUCAAAGCUGUCAUUUUUUAGUACCUGAUCCUUUUCAAGGAGAUUUGCCACACACAAAGCCCCUUACCGUCAUAAGUAAUGCCUCCUUAACCUGAAUGGGGAAGUCCAUUUGACGCGACUGUAACUUUUCUAACCUAAACAAGUUUGAGAUAAUAUAAUGUGUAAGAACAAUAGCAAAAACGUUAGAUUUAGGAAUAAACACGAAAGGUGGCCGCGACAUGAAAAGUCCAAGAAUAUGAAGAAAUGAAGAAAAUGCAAUCUUGAAAAGUACCUCAAGGAUAAACCCGAUUCAUUUCUGAUGAAAGAGUAAACAAUGUAUAUAUGAUCUCGUAUGAUCGAUAUCUCUAAAAAUUUCGCUGAUCUCUUUGUUCCUUGGAUGCCCCCACUUCCAAUUAAAAGCGCCCUAAAAUCACAACAGGAUUGUCUGAAUUUUAAGACCCUCCGAUCUACGCAAUUUUCUUGUAUGAUGUGAAUGUAUAGAUGGAGAUUUAUAGUUAGAAGGAAAAGCGUCCAACAGUAACAUUCGCCAGAAACAAUGGCUUAAUGAGAUUAAAUGAAAUAUUAAGCAGUAUUUCUGAGAAUUUGCUCACUUUUUAAAGAACUUCUGUCAAUUCUAUAGAACAGCUCCUCUGUUUACCAAUUUUAUUUGACUAACCAUUUUAGAUAAGAGACGAAGAGAAUCGAAACGAAAACAGAGAAAAUGCGUAGCAGUGCUUACUUUCGUUUCCUACUGUUGAAACGCGGAACGGAAUCGCUAAACGAUUCUAGACAAAGAUCGUAUGCCUGCUUCUUGGGGCAAAACGGGUAGGAAUUUCAUGUGGUUGAUUCUCUUGCCCACCCUUAUUUAACCUUAUCUAUUUUCUUAGUACUCUUGAGACCGCUUUGGCACGUACAACGCAUUGGUACUGAUCCUAUUAAUGACCUCACUGGCGUAAAUUUCCCACUCAGAACUCACUUAGGCCU